GAGUUUCCCCUAUGCCGAGUCGUACAACGGGCAAAUACAGUAACAAUGUUAGUGUCGCUACUGAGUUCAGGUUCAUUGUCAUUUGGAAAUCGGCUCCAACACAACACCUUAUGAAUUACCGUACUUUAAAUGGGUCGAUGGCAACUUUUCAUAUCAGCUCGGGUCUGUAAAAAAUAAAUACAUUCUCAUCUGACUUUGGCAUCUCGACACUGAAACUGACAGCUCAUCCCCACCCAUUUAAUUCUGGAUGUUGCCGUAUAUCUAUGUCGUCGUGCGCCCUCAGCUCAGCACGACAUAUAUUGACUGAGUUCCACGACUGAUGGGGAUGCAGGAUGAUGAUGACAUUGACUACAGAAUCCUCCUUGCAGCAAGCUCAGAAGAAGAUCUCGUUUUAUUUGAGAAAGAUCUAUGGACAGGUGGCAGUUCAUCUUUAACUUCGACAAAGACUCCUGGUGCAAAAAGUAAACAAUCGCAAAGCCCCUUCACUUGGUCAGAUAAAUUGGUGUUGAAUGUGAAGUCGCUGUUUCAAAGCCGGAAUGAGAGACACUUCCUGCCAGAACCCAAGCCUGAGACUAAGGAUGCGGAAAAUGACACGGUUGCAGGUGAGCUAAAUGCACAGCCUCCUACCAAGCUUGGCCUCGGAACUAGUGACAGUGUGCAAAAUGGAGUUGCAAUACAGGAAGUGAAUGAUGCUGGACUCUGGUCUAAUCAUCGAGCUGUAAUUGGAAGACUUUGGUCUAGUGCCAAGCCUCGGAGUAGGCUUAACAAUGGUGACUGCAUAAGGAUUACAUCCCUUGUGUCAAUAGAAGGUGACACAGCAGAUCACACUGGUGAUAAUGGUACUAGUACUGGUAGUGGCUAUUGUGGCACAGAGUUAGGGGCUGCAGUGUGCAGCAGGAACCAAAGUCUGCUUCACUCCAAGAGUGAAAGUUGGUCCACUCAGCGAUCAUGCAGCACAGAUGAUGGCAACAUAUUGGAUAGCAGCAAGGAUUAUAAUAUUAAUAGUUUAGAGUGCAAUGAAGAGGUAGCAGACAUGCCUGGGAAGCAUUUUUCAGCAUUGGACGGUCAGGUUGAUGAGGUAGGACUGGGAGAGAGUGAGGAAGACCCUCUGUUCGGAGGAAACAGAAAAUCCUCCGAUGUUUAUUACAAAGGUGAAACUACAUCAUGGAGACGAAGGCUCUUGGCAUUUAUGCUGGUCAUUCUCAUUCUGAGUGGAGCAAUAGCAUGUGGAGUAGCUCUCGGUGUGAUAUACGGCAGAGACGACAGUGAACCAAGUACCAGGACUGGCUAUGUCUAUAGAGACGCUGCAGUCGCUGCCGAUGCAGCACGUUGCUCUGAGAUUGGGAGGGAUAUGCUUUUGAAUAAGGGAAGUGCCAUGGAUGCAGCCAUCGCUGGAUUGCUAUGCGUGGGACUGUAUAAUGCUCACAGUACGGGUAUAGGAGGAGGUAGCUUCAUAAUGUACUAUGAAAGAGAGAACAAGACGCCAUACUUUUUAGAUUCCAGAGAAGUAGCACCCAUUCUUGCAUCUACAGACAUGUAUACAAACGAAAGUUCAGAUGCUUCGACUACAGGUGGUCUUGCUAUCGCAGUCCCUGGUGAGAUAAUGGGAUACUGGGAGGCCCAUCAAAGGUUCGGUAGACUUCCGUGGGGAAACCUCUUCAAACCAUCCAUAGAACUUGCUGAGAAUGGUUUUACUGUUGGCCCAGCCCUAGCAAGGGCCAUUGACCAAAAUAGUGAUCGUAUCAUGAAUGAUCCUAGCUUGAGGGAAGUAAUGUUAGAUGAAAAUGGGAACAUUCUAAAGGAAAAUGGUACCAUGUAUAGGCGAAAGCUGGCCCAAACCAUGCGUACACUGGCUGCGGAGGGUGCGGUCGCAUUCUAUAAUGGAUCACUUUCAGUCACCAUAGCAACAGAGAUAGAAGAAAGAGGUGGAAUCGUGAGUGUAGAUGAUCUUGCUCAAUACCAGGUGGCAGUCAAAACUCCUCUAGAUAUAGAAAUUAGUGGUCAUAGAACUUAUACCUGUCCCCCUCCUUGCAGCGGUGCUGUGUUUUCCCUCAUUAUGAAUAUAUUAGAAGGGUAUGAAUUCACCCCAGAAAGUCUACAAUCCGUUGGAGAUGAGACUCUUACCUACCACCGUAUUAUCGAGGCGUUCAAGUUUGCCUAUGCCAAGAGGAGUGCCUUGGGGGAUGAAGACUUUGUAGACGUUGCAGACCUUGUAGCAAAUCUGACAUCCCAAGAUUAUGCAGAUAGUAUACGUGCUAGGAUAACUGAUGAUCGCACCCACGAUACAGAUUAUUACGAUCCGUCGUUCAAAAUUGUAGAAGAUGGUGGUACCUCUCAUAUUUCAGUCGUGGAUCAAUUUGGAAAUGCUGCUUCAAUUACCAGUACUAUUAAUACAUAUUUUGGCUCCAAGGUGCGAGGAAACAAUACAGGGAUAAUCUUUAACAAUGAGAUGGAUGACUUUUCCAAGCCCGGAGCUCCUAACUAUUAUGGAGUGCCUCCGUCCCCGUCAAACUUCAUCAUUCCUGGAAAGCGCCCUCUUUCUUCGAUGACGCCAGUAAUCAUGGUUGAUGAGGAGGGAGAUGUUGAAUUGGUUGUGGGAGCAUCUGGAGGAACCAGAAUCACCACAGCAACCAGUCUGGUUACCAUGGAAACACUCUGGUUUGGCUCGAGUCUUGAAGAUGGUGUCGAGAGGAGACGUGUUCACAAUCAGCUAAUUCCCAAUGCCACCCGAUACGAAGUAGGAUUCCCUCAGGAAGUUGUAGAUGGUCUGGUCUCGAAAGGGCAGGAUGUGGAGGAGAAUUCAGGCAUAGCUGUUGUCCAGGUGAUCCAUCGUCUGGAGGAUCAAUGGCUGGGAGCGUACUGUGAUAGCAGGAAAGAUGGCAGACCUUCCGGAUUUUAAAUAUUGACCGGGGAGGGGCCACUUCCAUUGACAAGUGGAUAUCGUGGGUGUCUAAGAAAGAGUGUAGAAAGGGCAUGAUGCAGCAUGUUUAGUAUGUAACGUAAUGAGGGUGUCAAAAACAUCAAAUUGCUGAAAAAAGGGUAUACUUUUUUGUAUGUCAUUUACAUGAUAAGGGU